AUGAUGCUGAAGAUGCUCCCGUUUAAACUGCUGCUGGUGGCCGUGGUUCUGUGCUUCUUUGAGGGGGAUGCCAAGUUUGGGGAGAGUGGAGCAAGGAGGAGAAAGUGCCUGAAUGGUAACCCACCGAGGCGCCUGAAAAAGCGAGACAGGAGGAUGAUGUUCCUGGAGCCUGCCAGCGGAGGGGAGAUGAUGUGUCGUGGCUUGUACCCUCGCCUGUCCUGCUGCUCCAGGACUGACAGUCAGGGGCUGCUGCACAUUGAGACUAAGAUAUUUUCUGUUACCAACAACACAGAAUGUGUGAAGCUACUGGAAGAAAUCAAAUGUGCACACUGCUCACCACAUGCUCAGAAUCUAUUCCAUUCACCUGAGAAAGGGGAAGCAUCUGAAAGAGAACUAGCUCUUCCCUUCCUGUGCAAAGACUAUUGUAAAGAAUUCUAUUAUACUUGCAGAGGUCAAAUACCAGGGUUUCUCCAAACUACAGCUGAUGAGUUUUGCUUUUACUAUGCAAGAAAAGAUGGUGGCUUGUGCUUUCCAGAUUUUCCAAGAAAACAAGUGCGAGGCCCAGCUUCUAACUAUUUGGACCAGAUGGAAGAAUAUGACAAAGUGGAAGAGAUCAGCAGAAAGCACAAGCACAACUGCUUCUGUAUUCAGGAGAUUGUGAGUGGUUUGAGGCAGCCUGUUGGUGCAGUGCACUGUGGGGAUGGAUCACAUCGUCUCUUUAUCCUUGAGAAGGAAGGAUAUGUGAAGAUUUUCACUCCUGAAGGGGACAUAAUUAAGGAACCGUUUUUGGACAUACACAAGCUUGUUCAAAGUGGAAUAAAGGGAGGAGAUGAAAGAGGACUGUUAAGCCUUGCAUUCCAUCCCAAUUAUAAGAAAAAUGGAAAGCUGUAUGUGUCUUAUACCACCAACCAAGAACGGUGGGCCAUUGGACCUCAUGACCACAUCCUUAGGGUCGUAGAAUACACAGUAUCCAGGAAAAAUCCACACCAGGUUGAUAUGAGAACAGCAAGAGUGUUUCUAGAAGUAGCAGAGCUACACCGAAAACAUCUAGGAGGACAGCUUCUGUUUGGCCCAGAUGGCUUCUUAUACAUUUUCCUUGGUGAUGGAAUGAUCACUCUAGAUGAUAUGGAGGAGAUGGAUGGUUUAAGUGAUUUUACAGGUUCUGUAUUACGUCUGGACGUAGAUACUGAUUUGUGCAAUGUUCCUUAUUCCAUACCACGGAGCAACCCACACUUUAACAGCACCAAUCAACCCCCUGAAAUUUUUGCACAUGGACUCCACAAUCCAGGCAGGUGUGCCGUGGAUCGCCACCCAACAGAUGUAAAUAUUAAUUUAACAAUACUUUGCUCAGACUCAAAUGGAAAGAAUAGAUCUUCAGCAAGAAUCUUGCAAAUAGUAAAGGGGAAAGACUAUGAGAGCGAGCCUUCACUUCUAGAAUUCAAACCAUUCAGUAGUGGACCAUUGGUCGGUGGAUUUGUAUACCGAGGUUGCCGAUCUCAGAGACUUUAUGGAAGUUAUGUGUUUGGAGACCGCAACGGAAAUUUUUUAACGCUGCAACAGAGUCCUGUGACCAAACAGUGGCAAGAGAAACCUCUAUGUCUUGGCAACAGUGGCUCAUGUAGAGGCUUCUUUUCGGGACACGUUUUGGGAUUUGGUGAAGAUGAAUUAGGUGAGGUGUACAUUUUAUCAAGCAGCAAAAGCAUGACACAGUCUCACAAUGGGAAACUCUACAAGAUUGUUGACCCCAAACGACCUUUAGUCCCUGAAGAAUGCAAAAGAACAGCUCAGUCUGCACAGAUAUUGACGUCUGAAUGCUCAAGACAUUGUCGGAAUGGGCACUGCACUCCAACGGGAAAAUGCUGCUGUAAUCAAGGCUGGGAAGGAGAAUUCUGCAGAACUGCAAAAUGUGAUCCAGCAUGUCGACAUGGAGGUGUCUGUGUAAGACCCAAUAAGUGCUUGUGUAAAAAAGGAUAUCUUGGCCCCCAGUGUGAACAAGUGGAUAGAAACAUCCGAAGAGUGACAAGGGCAGGUAUUCUUGAUCAGAUUAUAGACAUGACAUCCUAUUUGCUGGAUCUAACCAGCUACAUUGUAUAG